AUGUCUUCCAAUGAGCCAGAGGUCGUUCUACGAGAGCGUAACAAAGAUCUACUGAAGCAGCUGAAGCAGCAGAGAGAGAAACUGGAGCAGGUGAGCGGCUGCAGCCGGAAGAGGGACCGAGAGGACGAGGCGGAGGAGAGGAGAAAGCCCGGGGGGACGGGGCCUGGGACCGGUGGAGGCCGAGGUCCUGCCAGGGAUGCCCCCACCAGACCCACCGUGACCAGGCCCACCUCCACCAGACCCACCCUCACCAAACCCUCCAUCACCAACAUUCAUGGAUUCAUCUGUUCCUCAGAAUGUGCCGACUCGUCAGACGUUCUCCAUGACAGGGAAAGACAUCUUCAAAUCCAGGACAGGCUGCAGGACACAACAUCACACACGACCAAGGCCUGUUCAGUGAAGAACCACAAAGAAGAUAGUGAGGAGCUGAGCCCAGUCACAUUGGACGAAUGUGUAGAGACCCAUGUGUCUGACAGGCAUCAUUUGCAGCCCUUGCUUGGAUAUGACUGGAUAGCAGGAGUCCUUGAUGCCGAGGACACGUUUGUAGAGCGCUCUGACGAAUUCUUCAACGAUCUCCGCAAUUUCCGAUCACUCCACAAGGAUGAGUGUGUCCAGAGCCCACAAGCAGAAUUAUCUGUGGAGAACCAUUCAGGGAUGACGCUGCUAACAGACAAGGAUGAAACAGAAACCAACACAGACACUCAUCAGUGUACAUUCUCUUACAGGAUUAACAGUAGACUGUUCCCUGUCCCGCUUCACCAUCAGGAGUGCUGUCCUGUCUGCAAAAGGCCCAAGUCCUCUCACCCUCACACUACCGCUGAACCAGCUCUUAUCAGGGUCAGCAUCCCUCGCUCCACUCUCUUGCCAGCAUACAAGUACAAAGCCCACCGGCGAUGUAGCUUUGACUCUGCUGAUAGUUUGGGGUUACCUUCGCACUGUCUCUCAGGCUGGUCCCACUCAGGUCAGAGCACCCUGCCAUCCCCCAGCAAACUCGACCUGCGGAGCAGUUUGAAUACGAAGAACAAUGAACCUGAGAAUCUCUCUGUGCCUGUGAACCAGAUCUCUGACCAGAUAUCAAAUGUGUCAAAGUUGGCACGUCACAACUUCCAACACUUCUCUCCCAGGAAUAAAAUGGGAAGCACAUCGUACCCAGGAUGCUGACGAAUGAAAACUGUUUUAAGUGAUCACUGUUUAUACUGUGAGCCAAUAGACACCAUCCAAGAUGAUUUUCCAUGGAUAAUGAGGGAAGACAUGACAGCUCCCCAAAAAUGAAGCCGAAGCAUCUUGAUGCCAGGUGGCUGGCUGCAGAGUUCAAAGUUUAUGUC